GCCAUAUGUGAGGGGAUUGAACGCAGAAAUUUCACAACUUCUGGAGUAUAUUUAUUUAUUUAUUUACAUUGUUGCGUUAUUAGUUUUCCUUUAAUAACGGGUGUGAGUACUUCCCCCACCACUGACAGAGGCCAUUCAGCGAAACAUCCUUUCAGUGCUCUCAGUCGGAUACAUUUAGAGUCUAACACCUCUGUAAACAAUAAUAAUAAAUAAUAAAUAAUACAAUUGUGAAUGUAAGGCUUAUGUAUGAUGGAGUAUGCUUUAUAACAGCGUGGUAUGACUAAUCAUUAGACUUAUGUAAAGGGAUUAAAAGGAGAUGAAUCCCCCUCCCUCCUCCGGUUGUAUGCACGAGGACUCAGACUUGUACGCAUGCGCGCUCUCGCUGUUGGCGGACGGAGUUAUCUUGACACUGCAACACUCUCUGGGGAAGCUAAGGUAGCGGGGUAGCUCAUUGGUCCAACGUCACAUCGUUGUCUUCUUGUUUACAGCUAGUUGGACACUAACUGUUUGGAUUUAAGCUGAACUCGGUGCCAGGGCCCGGCUGGUGUGCGUGGUCAUGAGUGUCGCAGGGAAAGCGCCGCGUGUGUGCAGUCUCCGCUCUCUGUUCCUCACGUAAACCUUCUCCGUGCUGGUUUCCGCCCGUUAACAUCACCCAGCGCUCCUCCGCCGUCAAGCAGCGAUGUACGAGGAGGGGGACGAGGUGCAGGACGACUGCGGCUCCCGGGAGGAGUGGACGCUCCUGUUCUGGACCUCUCUGGCCGUCGUCGUCCCGGUCAUCAUCACCCUGUGGUGCAGCGCCCAGCGCUCCAAGCGGAAAACGCACAUGAAGGACUUCUUUCGCAAGAGCAAGCACGGCUGGCACUACACGGACCUGUUCAACAAGCCCACCUACUGCUGCGUCUGCUCCCAGCACAUCCUCCAGGGGGCUUUCUGCGACUGCUGCGGGGUGUGCGCGGACGAGCAGUGCCUGCGCCGGGCCGACCGGGGCCUGUCGUGCAAGGAGAUCAUGGCCCCCUCCAGCCCCGACGGAGCCAUGGGGCACCGCUGGGUCCGCGGAAACGUGCCCCUCGCCAGCUACUGCGCAGUGUGCAAACAGCAGUGCGGGACCCAGCCCAAGCUCUGCGACCUCAGGUGUGUGUGGUGUCAGACCACAGUGCACGAUGACUGCAUGCACAGCCUGGCAGAUGCAGACCAGUGUGACCUGGGCGAGUUCCACAGCCUCAUCAUCCCUCCUCACUACCUCCACCACGUCAACAAGCUCCGCCGCAGACACCCGGAAGAGUACAGCAAGCUGGCGUCUUCCUGUGGCAGUGGCUGGACUCCGGUUUUGGUCUUGGCUAACACGCGCAGCGGCAACAACAUGGGGGAGGCUCUGCUGGGAGAAUUCCGCACCAUUCUGAAUCCUGUGCAGGUGUUUGACCUGUCUGAGCUGGCCCCCUCCAAAGCCCUCCAGCUGUGCACCCUGCUGCCGCCUGGUAGUGUCCGGGUGCUUGUGUGUGGGGGUGACGGCACAGUGGGCUGGGUGCUGGAUGCCAUUGACAGCAUGAAGCUGAAGGGCCAAGACCAGUUUAUACCAAGGGUGACCAUCCUACCCCUGGGGACAGGAAAUGACCUUUCCAACACUUUGGGCUGGGGUGCCGGGUAUGCCGGAGAGAUCCCUGUGGAACAGGUACUCCGCAACAUCCUUGAUGCGGAAGUGGUUAAAAUGGACAGGUGGAAAGUGCAGGUGGCUUCAAAAGGCCUCUACUUUCGUAAACCAAAGGUUCUGUCCAUGAACAACUACUUCUCUGUGGGGCCGGACGCUCUGAUGGCGCUCAACUUUCACACCCACCGCGAGAAAACCCCCUCCUUCUUCUCCAGCCGCAUCAUCAACAAGGCUGUUUAUUUCCUGUAUGGCACCAAAGAUUGUUUAGUGCAGGAAUGUAAGGAUCUGGAUAAGAGGAUUGAGCUGGAAUUGGAUGGUGAGAGGGUGGCGCUGCCCAGUCUGGAGGGCAUCAUUGUUUGUAACAUCGGCUACUGGGGUGGAGGCUGCAGACUGUGGGAGGGUAUGGGGGAUGAGCCCUGCCCACCCACACGGCUGGAUGAUGGUCUGCUGGAGGUGUUGGGUGUGUUUGGCUCCUUCCACUGUGCUCAGAUCCAGGUCAAGCUGGCCAAUCCUGUGCGGCUGGGACAGGCCCACACCGUCAGGCUUGUGCUCAAGAGCUCCAAGAUGCCCAUGCAGGUGGACGGGGAACCGUGGGCCCAGGGUCCCUGCACCAUCACCAUCACACACAAGACCCAGGCCCUCAUGCUGUACCACAGCUCCGAGCAGACGGACGAUGACGAAGACGAAUCCAGCGCCUCGGAGACAGAGAGCCCCACCCCUCAAGACUCACCCAGGCCCCCGGGGCCAGCCUCGGCUCGUGCGUGACCCACCUCAGGCAUCAUGUGAUCUGAGGCUUUUCUCAUCUAAGGUUCUGUCUUCAUUCUGCAGCCCAGUUUCUUAUUAAUCCCUUGUUUGUGGCUGCACUCAUUAGCCCUCCUUGGAGGUCCUUGGACACACUCUAUCCUCAAAUCAUGUCCCAUGUUUUCAGAGGGGUUAGAAAGGUCCGUUGUGAAUUGGGCUGCUGUCAUUUUGUUUUUGCAUCUUUUCCUUCCAGACUCCCCGAAUAUUAUAAGCCAGUGCUCAGGCAGUUCCCUCUCCACAGGUGGGACAGUCAGGAGGAGACACAUGUUUUAGAGAAAGAUUGCUGUUUAUUUGCACUGAUCCCUUGUGCCAUAGAAAUCUAGAGUUGACUAUACUGUAUUUAUUAUACUGUAUUUUAUUUGCAGUGAAUGCCCAGUGCAGCCCUGCAGGUAUCAGUGAGCCACUUUUAACAAGUUGCCCAGGUUCAAUUGACCAGUUAACCUCAAAGCCAUGUCUCCAUCAAUGGGGGGUGAUGAAGUAGUAAAUACAGGAGGAGUCACAAUGAAUGUGAAGCGGCUGAAGGUUCAGGUGAAGCGUUUUUGCCCAUUUGUGACUUUUCUUUUAAACACUCUAAUAAGAGCACAAACAAACAGCACACACAUUUUUGGACUCUAAAUGAGUGCAGAAGUGCACAGGAUAUCUGUUUUGGCAUGUUGAUCAUUUUCAGUAUCUCCUGCAUCGUCACCUGAGAUAAGGCUUUGAAAUUCGUGUCGGCCAAAAGGUCUCUGAAUAGAGCAAAGGCUCGGUUAAAACUGCAAUGUGUCGUCAAUCACUGGACAUGUGUGCUGGUUUAUGCACUCCAUGAUGUACUGUCUCAAGUGGCUCGCCAAACACUCAGAUUGUACCAAGAUACAGUCCUGACAAUAUAUUUAACUCUCCUGUGAGCGCAACAGGCAACUGUUUACUUUGGUUCAUUACUGCCAAGUAACUAUUCAGAGGACUCGCUCGUCUACAUGUAAAACCUUUUGUUUUUCCUCUUCGUUACAUACUUCCUCUUGUUUACAUAUUUUGUGCUGCACUGUUUUAGCACUUACACUGACAUAUACCUUACACUGCUUAGGAUAUACAUGACACCUUAAUGUUGACCUAUGAUGUUGCUGUCGAUAGUGAUAACUGCUGAUGAGAUUAAGCUGUCCCAUGUUGUUAUUUUAUCUUAUUAAGAGUCAUCCUUGUUUUACUUAAUGGUCACCACAGGGUGGCAGACUUAAGACAGUAUUUUUCUGUUUUCUACCCUGACCUCUGCCAUUUAUCACAAUCCUGCAUGUUACUUUUCUGUGUUUUGUCCGGCAGACAUCGAUCUGUUUAGUUUUGUUGGUUCGAUCUGUCCUGUGCUCUACAUGAUGUUUAUUUGUGUUUCUGUCAAAUUGCCUACUUGUGGUGAAAUCGAUUUGAGGUUGUCCUGUUUAUUGCAUAAUGAGUAAGAAAAUUUGCCUGUUGCUCACAGCCAUAUCAGAAAUGUCUGUAGAAUGUUAGUCAACGCUUUCUGAGACCUGGAGCCAACUUGCCACUCAAAAGGCUGAACAGGGAUCAGUUUUUAGCCGCGUGAUGCCUAUGCUUUUGGAAUAUGCAGCUCUUUCGCAGGUUUACCGAGCCUAGUGGUUUCAUCACACUGUGUUUGGUGAAUGUGUUCUUGCUCAAGGACACCUGUCUGUUCUUUUACCUUGUCCAUGUUUACCAGAGUUUGUGUGUUGUGUCACUCUGAAUUUGCUGAAAUGUAACUUCAAACGCAGGUUUUUACCCCGACUAGCUGCAUGGCUCUAGUUCCAAAAACUGUCUCUGGGUAAAAGACCUCGAUAACCGCUUGAUGAAUUGUGGUGCAAUCUGGCCUCUGGUGAUUCUGUUAAACCUUAGUGUUUAUCAAGCAUCACCACAAGGUCAAAUUUGCUCUCAUCAAAUGCUCCUAUUUGUCUGCUCAUGUGUUUCUGAAACUACUGUUUAACGUAAUGCUACCAUGCUACAAAUUACAUCCUGAUUGUGUGCAUGACAGCACACUAACAUACUAGCUGUCAGUUUAAGUUAGAGUUGGACCUAAAUACAGAUGUUUGCAAAAUAGCUUAAAACUGAAUUCAUAAAUAUCUGUAUGUUAAAGGGGCUCUGUGGAACUUCUGUAUAGUACUGGAAGCCGGACUUUAGUGGACUCCAUUUCUAAACUACUGUUAGCUACUGUUGCUCUGUUAGCGGAGCAGAGAGACGCUUAGACAGCCAUUUAAGAGUGCCAUAAAGUCAGUGUUACAAUCCGCCCACAUAAGGCCGAUAGAAAAGUGAUAAUACAUGUAAAAUGCUAGGAAUUGUUACACAGAGCCCCUUUAACAUUGAUUAAAAUUACUGUGUGUAAUGUGAAAUGCAUCACUAGCAGUAAUGAACCCAGAGACAAUCACCAACUUUACAGUUCCCCUUCAGUUUUACAUGGUGCUUUAGCAUCUGUGAGUGCUAUUUUGGUUUUACGCCUGCACAUUUUCUGUUUCGGUUGAGUCUCACCACUCAUCAUUUCCCUUCCAGCAGCAGCUGAAAGCUCUUUUCAGAUAAACCCGCUGUAUGACAUGUGCCCAUUAAACGGCACACAAAGUGGCGACUGCCUAGCUUGUGUGCUAACUUAAUGGUAGAAAAUACUGAAAUCACCAGUAAUUCCAGAGACUGAAAAUGCCAAUGCACUUUAAUUUUGAUUUACAUGGCUUGGCCUUUUUUCUCGAACACCAUCAAAAUGAUUAGCCCCACCACUGAUAAGGAUUUAACAGCAAAGUGGUCAACAAAUUUGUUCCUUUGAGUGUAAUGACUAUUAAACCUCAUAAGGUUGCUAGUGUGGCUAGAGACUUAGCCUACUUGUGUUACUAGUUGGAGGGACAUGAUUGUGAUGUUAUUUUGAAUACUCCCAACAUAUAAUUCAGUUUAUUGUUAAAUCUUGGCAGAUGCAUAGCAGUAUUUAUAUAGUGUCAAUUUGGCAAGGACAAUUUACUGUGUUGUGUGUACCAACAAGCUUUUAUUAAUUCAUAUAUUUGAUAAGCUUACUUCAUUGUUGUCAAAUAUCUGUAAGAAAAAAAGGAGAACCUUAAAGGCUGAUAAGAAUGUAAAGAAAACCUGAUAAUUAUUAUUUUGACUGCAACACAAUCCUAAAAGGAAGCCUUAUAUGACCCCUGCUAUAGAGAAAAGACAAGACAAAGAAACUGUGUCUGGAAGAAAACAAGCUAAUUGUUCACAAUAAAACAAUUACUAUUCUGAUUGAAUUGAAUGUAAUGAAGCGAUGCUUUGAAUUUUAAGACAUUCCCAUAAAUAUUUUCUUAUAC